AUGAACGACAAACUGGUCGUCGUCAAAACGCUCGUCAUCCCCGCCGUCAUCUCGCUCAUCCUCUUCCUCAUUCUCACCUUCGUCAUCGUCCCGAUAUGGCGCCACUACCGCGUCCGCUAUAGCCAGUACCUCCCCAUCGAUGCCAUCUCCGAACAGACAACCUCAUGGCGCUACCGCAUCACCAAUCGCCUCAUCAGACUCGCCAGCGUUCCUUUCACAUGGAGGAGGAAUAGGGAGGUGGCCUCUGGCGCGGUUGAUCUCGAGGAGGGAGAAGAGUUGGGAGAGAUUGACGACGACAUCCGGCAGGUGCUUAACGCUAUUGCACGGUCGAGACAGGGGGCCGAGAGCACGAGGCGACUCAGCCGAGAGUAG